CUGCCGACUUUGUGCUCACAAGUAUUCUGUUCCUCUUACUGUAAACACCAUGCAAACACUCCGAGGCUUGUUACAGUCAAUGACGUGUAUGCGGCGGACGGCGCCAAUCCCGUCAGGGGUUUCCAGGUUCUAUGCAUCUGUGGUCCCCACUUCACCUCCUUCGACGUCCUCGCUAAGGCAUGAACCCCGCGUCACUCCAUACGGCAUCUCACCUCAUCCGGGUUCGCGUCAAAACCAAAAAAGGCUCGGUCGAGGCCCAAGUUCUGGCCUCGGAGGCACGUCCACUCGAGGCCACAAGGGUCAGAAGGCGCGUUCUGGAAAUGGAAAACCGAGACCCGGCUUUGAAGGGGGCCAGACACCCAUUACCCGACGUUUCCCAAAGAGGGGAUUCUUCAACCAGAGCGCCCGUACCUGGGCACCCGUAAAUCUUGACCUAUUGCAGCAUUGGAUAAAUCAAGGCCGACUCAAUCCCUCUCCUAAAAACCCUAUUACUGUUCGGCAUCUAUACGAAAGUAGAUGUAUCCAUGGGGUGCAUGAUGGCGUAAAGCUUCUUGGCGAUGGUGCUGAGCAUCUCACCUCAGCUGUUCACAUUGUUGUCUCACGAGCCUCGAAAUCUGCGAUCCAUGCAAUUGAGAAGCUUGGAGGUUCGGUUGUUUGUCAGUAUUACAACAAGUUGGCACUUCGGGAUUGUGUCAGAGGGAGAACAGACCGAAGGAUGGCAGCUCCAACUCGUAAAGCUGAUAUACUCUGGUACAGUGACUCCAGAAAUAGAGGGUAUCUUUCGCCGAAGGUCAGAGGAGAUACAGUAGGUCUACAAGCAGAAGUCGAGUCGAGGCUGAAAAAACGGAAGGCUUUACGAUCAUCGCAGCCAAGCGUCGAAUAUCCUGUCGUCAGAUUCACGGACAUGCUUCAGGUCCCUAAACAUGCUGACAAGGCAUAAAUGUCACAUUAAUUGUAUUUGCCUGGCUCUUCUAAUAUUAUUAGACUUGUCUUCAUGCAGAAGUGGCUCAAGGGAAAUGUAGCAUGUCGACAGCCCUGACUUGUGCCGAG